UGGAGGGGUCAAGUGAUACGAAGUGAAAAAAUAAAAGAAUCACAAAGACGUCGACAGGCAACGAGACCUGUUGGCGGCAAUCUAUUCUCAGUAACCCUACCUAGCUCUUGGCUCCGCGCCGCGACUGACCCCCCCCCCCCAAACCCCCCCAAAAAAAAAAAAAAAAAAAAAAAAGAAUACAGGGACGUGAUAGAAGCGACAGAGAGGAAAGAACAAGAAAGUGAACGAUCGCACCCCUCAAUCACCACUGAAAGACUUCAUCCACUACUGGUGUUAAUUAAGCGUACUGGAAUUGGAACACCGCCUCUAGCCAGUCCUAUCUUGCCGCCAACCGAAUCAUUGAAAGGCCAGAUUGGGCAUCCAUCGCCAUGGGCAUCCGUAACCUCUUGUCAUGUUGCGGAGGAUGGACGCGAAGCGAGUCAAUUGGAUCCAAGGAUCUCAGCGAUCCUAGCGAUCGAUUCACGGCGGCGCGACCUCGCGCACCAGCAAUCACGAUCACGACCAGCGACGGCGACAGCAGCAGCUUCGGGACGACAGGACUCAGGCAGCCACGAGACUCUGCUUCGGGGCGAAAAAGAAGCCUGAAGCCGAUCGACGAGGAGGAACAGGCGGCCAUCAGGCGAUACAAAUCGCUCGUUCAAGACAGAAAGCCGAGCGAGUUGAACAGUUUGUACUUUGGUGAAGAAGGUCCUGGCUCUGACAUGGUCGGGAGAAGGGUUUCCGGUGGAGGAGGAGGAGGAGGAGGGGUUCAGCAGCAAGAGAGUAAAGGCAAGGCAAGCAGCAUGCCUUACGGCAAUGACAGCAGUGGUUUUCCGAACAAUGGGGUCAGUUCUGGGCAUGGAGGGCUGGUCAUGUAUCAACAUGUGACCAGCGGAGGUUCAUUACAGUACGACUAUGCGGGAACACGGGAGGAUUAUUGAGACAUCAAUCAUAAUUAUUGAGGAAUCAAUCGGGUGUGCUUGGCAGGUUGGCAGGAAAGGGCAUUUCAAAUAGGAGGAAGGGUUCAUGUUUGUCUUGCUUGGCCAAAAUAAAACGUGGGACGACAAAACAUGUUGUAGAACGGAAUAAAGUAAGGGAUUGGUUCCUGGUGUGGGCGGGCAGCUAAGCUGGCUGAAUAAUGACGAUGUGGACGGUCGAUUCCAUAGGUACCUUACCUUAGCUCGGAGCCUCAUUGCCGCCCAAGAAUGAACGGUUCGGGGAAGGCGCCGGCACAGCGGGAGGGCGAGCCCGAUACGUGUGGGGCCGUUGGUAGCAAUUUAGAAUACUGAACUCUCCUCUCCAACCUUGGUUGUGUGGCUUGGCUUUGAGUUUCUUUCUCCUCAUCUCAUGUUGAACAGGUAGGCAGGUAUUUAUUUGCGCCUUGGCAAACCUUUGAUUAGACCUAGAGACAGAUAUGUUGUAAGGUACCGACCGAC